AUGGCAAGCAAAACUGCCACGCCGCGCAGCAUCGUGUUUGUGCACCCGGAUCUGGGCAUUGGAGGAGCCGAGCGACUAGUAAUCGACGCGGCGGUGGGAUUGAAGGCAAUCGGACAUAGAGUGACCAUCUUCACAUCCCACUGCGAUCCGGCGCAUUGCUUCGAGGAGGCGCGUGAUGGCACCCUCGAUGUCCGAGUCCGCGGUGACUCCAUCUUCCCGGCUUCUCUGGGCAACUCGCUGAGUAUUUUGUUCUCAAUCCUCCGUCAGCUAUCUCUAGUCGCCAGUGUCGCCCCAUCAGAGCUUGGACAACUGCAACCCGAUGUCAUCAUUGUCGACCAGCUCAGCGCUUGCAUUCCUUUCUUCCGCAUGCUGUACCCCCGGGCGAAGGUUCUCUKCUACGGACACUACCCGGAUCGACUGUUGGCGAAACAAGAGAAGGGAUUGCGAAAGUAUGUCAAACAGUUGUACCGGAUACCUUUCGACACGAUUGAAGAAUGGAGCACUGGAUGCUCGGACAGCGUGGUCGUUAACAGCAAGUACACAAGAAGUGUGUUUAAGCAGACAUUUCCUAAGAUGCGCUCACGAGAGCUGAAGGUCAUAUAUCCCUGCGUCGAUACGGAUGGACUUAGCCCUGACGAGGGAACCAAUGAAAUCUGGCCGGGCAAGACAGUGCUUCUAAGCAUCAAUCGCUUCGAGGGCAAGAAGAAUCUUGACCUGGCCAUCAAAGCAUACGCCGGGCUGAGUACCGAUGAGCGGACGAAGGCGAGGCUGGUCGUUGCUGGUGGAUUCGACCCUCGGAAUGCUGAAAAUUCGGUCACCCACAAACAUCUCCAGGACCUURCAGACUCGCUAAGCCUGACGCAUGCGACGUUUCGCAAUAAAGACACUGCUUUGACGGAUCUGUCGUCUGACGACGUAGACGUUCUGUUCAUGCUAUCAAUAUCCAACGAGCUGAAACAGCGGCUGCUGCGUUCGGCAGGUCUGUUGCUGUAUACACCCACGAAUGAGCACUUUGGUAUCGUGCCAUUGGAGGCUAUGCUCGCUGGGAUCCCGGUGCUGGCCACCAAUACCGGUGGACCUUUGGAGACUGUUUAUGAUGGACGAACAGGAUGGCUGAGAGCUCCCGAAAAGGUGGAUCAAUGGACAGAGGUGAUGCGCAAGCCAUUGAUACCCUCAAGCGACGCGAAAUUGAAGCAGAUGGGACAGAAUGGGCGUGCUCGCGUCUUGGCCGAGUUCAGCGCCACGAAAAUGACACAGUCGCUGGAUCAGGAGGUCCAAAGGCUUAUCCGGAGCACCGAUGCGCGGCCUACGAUUUUGACGACCUGGAUCGUGCUGGCAUUGCUGUUGAUUCCCUUUGCGAUGGUGCUCGCAUUGCUAUCAGCAAGCUGGGCCAUGCAUCGCGCAUGA